GGAGUAUAAAUGAAAAACAUCUCAGCUGUCACCAUCUGUCAACCUCACUGCAACCAUGCUGGCUCUAGGGAUGCUUCUGGUGACUCUGCUGGCCUGCUUGAGUAUAAGGGCCUUGAUGUCUGCCUGGAGACAGAGGAAGCUCUGGGGGAAGCUGCCUCCUGGACCCACCCCACUGCCCUUCAUUGGGAACUACCUGCAGCUGGAUACAGAGAAGAUGUACAGCUGCCUCCUGAAGAUCAGCAAGCACUAUGGCCCCGUGUUCACCAUCUACAUGGGGCUUCGCCGGGUGGUGGUGCUGUGUGGAUAUGACAUAAUAAAAGAAGCUCUGGUGGAUCAAGCUGAGGAGUUUAAUGGGAGAGGCGAGCAGGCCACCUUCAACAGCUUCUUCAAUGGCUAUGGCGUGACAUUCAGUAACGGGGAGCGGUCCAAGCAACUUCGGCGUUUCUCCAUUGCCACACUGAGGGACUUUGGUGUGGGCAAGCGUGGCAUUGAGGAGCGAAUCAAGGAAGAAGCAGGAUACUUUGUCCAGACCAUUCAGGCCACACAUGGUGCCUUCAUUGAUCCCACCUUCUACCUGAGCAAAUCAGUCUCCAAUGUCAUGAAUUCCAUUGUCUUUGGAGACCGCUUUGACUAUGAGGACAAAGAGUUCCUUUCAUUGCUACAGAUGAUGACAGGAAUCAAGAAAUUUGUAGCCUCACCUCAAGGGCAGCUCUAUGAGAUGUUUUUUUCAGUGAUGAAGUACUUACCAGGACCACAGCAAGAGAUCUAUAAGGACAUGCAGAAUUUAGAGAACUAUAUGGCCAAGAAGGUGGAGAAGAACCAGCGCACACUUGAUCCCAAUGCCCCAAGGGACUUCAUUGAUUCCUUUCUCAUUCGAAUGCAACAGGAGAAGAAGAAUCCCAACACAGAGUUCAACAUGAAGAACUUGGUGAUGACCACACUGAGUCUAUUCUUUGCGGGCACAGAGACUAUCAGCUCAACUCUGCGCUUUGGCCUCUUGCUGCUGCUGAAGCACCCAGAUGUGGAGGCCAAGAUCCAUGAGGAGAUUGACCAAGUGAUUGGAAGGAACCGACAACCCCAGUUUGAGGACCGGAUGAAGAUGCCCUACACAGAGGCAGUGAUACACGAGAUCCAAAGAUUUGCAAACUUUGUUCCCAUGGGUGUGGCUCGAAGGAUCACCAAGAACACCACAUUGCGGAACUUCUUUCUUCCCAAGGACACUGAAGUGUUCCCUAUGCUGGGUACUGUGCUGACAGAUUACAAAUUCUUCUCCAACCCAGAAGAUUUCAACCCUCAGCACUUUCUGGAUGACAAGGGGCAGUUUAAAAAGAGUGAUGCUUUUGUACCCUUUUCUCUUGGAAAGCGGAACUGUUUUGGGGAAGGCCUGGCUAGAAUGGAGCUCUUUCUCUUCCUCACCAUCAUCAUGCAGAACUUCUGGUUCAAGUCCCCACAGGCAGCCCAGGAUAUCUAUGUGCCCCCGCAACCCUUGGGCUUUACCAGAAUCCUGCCAAAUUACACCAUAAGCUUCCUGCCCCGCUGAUCCAGGAAUGAGCCAUGGCUGGGCAAGUUGGUGGGGCAAGGGGAAAAGGGAGGGACCAUGGGUGGCCUAGUGGUAGGGAUGUGGCCAAGGAAACUGGCCAAUAAUCCAUGGAAAUGAAGGGUCAAGAUGGAUAAGACAAGAAGAAGAAACAGAAAAAACUUCUCACUUUGCAAAAGGUAGAGUCUUCAAACUGGGGUGAGAGAAAUGGAAACCAUACACUGUGCAAAAUGAUAAUGAUGAUGAUAAUAAUAACAGCUAUGAUUCAUUGAGCGGUA